AUGAUAUGCAGCAGUCCUUCGAGCGCACCGUAUAUGUUCAAAAGGUUACAGAUUUUAGAAAAGAAGUUUUCGACAUCCGAUUUCGUCUCAUACUCAAUGAUUAUUGACGGGACUGAUGUGCCUGCGCUAGUUGUUAUUACCCGUAAGGCCUUGGUAGUCGUGCGUGGCGGGAGAGCCGUUGCUGGCGCUCGUGUGACUGUGGAUUCGGUGGUGCCGCGUGCUGGUGACGUACUUGUGACGAUUCGUGGCAUUACGGGAACAUUAGCUAUCGAUCGUUUUCAUUUGCCGGGCCAUACAAGAGAAAUGUGUAAAAAUGAGAUGAAUCCCGAUAAAAAAAAGUAG